AUGAGUCGAUGGUCGGUAGGCUCCGCACCUGGGAGUGUGAAACCGGUUUAUGGUGCACGAUAUCCACCUUUACAACACGACAUACCUUGUGGAAGUCCUACAAAGGAUUUGGCUAAAACGAAGACUUUUCAGGAUUACGAAAACAGUGUAUCAGAUGCUUGGGACACGCGAGUUCUUGUCGAUGAUGCGCUUGCAUCCGCGUCAGCUGCUCGAGUUCUAGCUGCCCAUGCGGCCGGAAAGACUAGAGAAGAGGUCAUCAUGCCCAGAGUAAAUCCUGCUCCAACAAAGAAUGGUCGUGUACAGGCGUUGCAACGACUUGCCAUACAAAAAGAUCCUAUCCCUACAUCUGUGCCAGCUCCUCCGUUAACUGCUAAUCCGAUAUAUCCAAAAUUGCCAGAAAUCUCCGGUGAUCAAGUCCGUUCAACAGUGUCAGCGGCGAAAUUAUCUUCCCAAGAAGGAGAACGCGACCAGACGCGAUUCGAACGGCUUCGGCGUCUGUUUUCUGUGGGAAAGUCAAAUGGCCGCAAUUCGCCACCAGCCGAUAUUGAUAUGGAGCAGUUGAGAAAAGAUUGUUGGAUGGGGAUUCCGCAUAAAUUGCGACCGCAAGCUUGGCGUUUGCUCUCGGGCUAUCUACCAACGAAUUAUGAACGGAGAGAAGUUACAUUGGCAAGUAAAAGAGAGCAGUACUGGCAUUAUGUUGAACAAUAUUUCCACCUACGAUUCGAUGAUCAGAAUAACGACACUUUCAGACAGAUUCAUAUCGACAUACCGAGAAUGUGUCCAUUGAUACCAUUGUUUCAACAAAAACUUGUACAAGAGAUGUUCGAAAGAAUAUUGUACAUCUGGGCGAUACGCCACCCUGGUAGUGGUUAUGUUCAAGGAAUUAAUGAUCUUGUAACACCAUUUUUCGUAGUUUUCGUGUCAGAGUUCGUGCCACAAGAUGUAGAGGUUGGCUCGUUUGAUGUCUCGCAGCUUUCGCGUGAGCAGUGUGAAUUGGUAGAAGCAGAUUCAUUUUGGUGUGUCUCUGCGCUGCUUGAUUCCAUUCAUGACAAUUACACAUUUGCUCAGCCGGGAAUCCAAAGGAAGGUGUUGCAGUUAAGACAUCUGAUGAGUAGAGUUGAUCGACCUCUUCAUAUGCAUUUGGAGUCAAACGGAAUUGAAUAUCUACAGUUUUCAUUCCGAUGGAUGAACAAUCUUCUCAUGAGAGAAAUUCCUUUGCGGGCUACAAUCCGCCUUUGGGAUACUUACUUGAGCGAACCCAAUGGGUUCUCACAAUUCCACAGUUAUGUGUGUGCAGCAUUCCUUCGUACGUGGUCAAGACAGCUACAAGCAGAAAGAGAUUUCCAGGGUAUAAUGAUACUGCUGCAAAAUUUGCCAACGCAGUGCUGGGGAGAUCGAGAAAUUUGCGAAUUAACUGCUGACGCUUUCUCUCUUAUGUCAGUAUUCGAUGGAGCUCGACGUCAUCUCUCUAGUCCUGCUGAUAUUUGAUGCCAUUCUAAACCCUAUCAAACCAAAUACGAUUGAAACAGAACACUAUUGAUAUCUAUCGACACCUCGUCAUAGUGGCCUUGAGAAUUGUCGAAGUAUCUACGAGUCCAUUCGUUAAUGUGUUCUAGAACCUCACAUCAGCCAGGGCCGUAACUUCACAGUGCCUCAGCUGCUUGUAGCUCAUCUCCUAACCAAAGGAGUGGAAAAAUAAGUUUCACGAACUUCUCGCAGAUUAUUUGGAGGUAACACUUACAGACAGAUUUUAUAGCAAAAAUCUCAAUUUUUACUUUUCUCCGUUUUU